AAACCACAGAUUUAGUAAAAUUUCAAGUUAGAUAGGUACUCAAAUUCAAUAUUUUUCAUAUUUUCAUAGUAUCGUUCAACGUAUAAUGAUAUCAAGUACUUAUUUUAUUUUUAUAACAUUUUAAUUUACUUCAUGUAUAAUUCAAUAUCACAUUAUGGAAGUAAGCCCACAAAUACUAUUUACAACAAAAUUAUUUACAUUAUUAACAUCAUUCUGCCACUGUAACGUACCUGAAUCGCCAGCCAAAUAUUCAAAUACGACCAUCGAAACAUCAACUCCUCCAUUAAGUAGAGUAUACAUGGAUCCAGAUUCGAUCAUAUAUCCGACGAGAAAUCACACAGCUACUGUUAUUUUUCUUCAUCCUUUAGGAGAAGUAGGUACAACGGCGAUGGAUCUAUUGAAAUAUGAAAAAGAAGAUUUCGAAUUCGCCAAUAUCAAAAUCCUAUUUCCCACAGCUCCUUGCCGGCCAUAUACUCCUCUCGGAGGAGAUGUAAUAACUAAAUUUCACGUUUCGCAGAUGAGAUAUAUUUGGUUCGAUGUGACCGAAGAAAGUUACAGAAGUAAAGAAUUACUCACAUCGUUCGAACACAGUUACGAAGAUUUGAGAGAUCUCAUUUUAAAGGAAGUCGAGGCAGGAAUUCCGUUGAAUAAAAUCGCCAUUGGAGGAUAUUUGGAAGGAGGAACGAUGGCGUUGCACAUGGCUUUCAGAAUUGUACCAGAAAUAGCAGGAGUAUUUGCUUUAACCUCGUAUCUUCAUCGGAAUACAGUCGUUUUAAAAGAGCUAAGAGAAAAACCUCCACCAAAAUUACCAAUAUUGCUGUGGACACACGGCACAUGUGAUGCAUCAUUCGUUCAUGCCAAAGAUGUAUUUGAAGAUCUCAUGGAGCUAGGAGUACCAGGACAAUUUUUUGAACAACCCAAUAUCGUAGGUAAAUUAAAUCCUGGUCAACUUGAAAUUCUGCACGGAUGGCUAUCCGGUGUAUUAGAAGUUGACUGAAAACCCAACGCACAAUAAAGACGAUAGAAUAAAUCCCAAA